UCAUUAAUUCCGAUUCAAAUUUGAUUGCUGGUUCAUUUUCGAAAUUAUUUUAUUUAUUUUUUUGUCCCAUUCCUUAAUUUUUGGAAGUAGGCACGCGUGGAAGAGUUGGUGGAUUCAAAUGUGAGCUGAGCUCCUGUUGCUAAGAUCUGCUGGCGGUUGUAUGGCCUAAAAAUGUAGGACUUGCAAUGGACGUUGAAAAAUCAAUGAGUUGCAGUCUUUACUGUAACUGUGCAUAGUAGUUGUGUUUCUAUGGGCUAAAAGUGGUACCAAGAUGGUAUAGCAGUUGAAAAAUUAUGGACAUGGAGGAUAUGCGAGAUGCUAAUCAACCUUCAGAGCAGAAUUCUCUUAUUGGUUCAUGGUGGCCUUCAGAUUUUGCUGAGAGUUUUGGAUCUAUAUCCUUAGAGUCUAGAAAUGAGAAUCUAAGGAGAAAAGAAUACAAUAACAAAGAGAAGUAUGACAGAUUAUCAUAUAAAAGAGCAUCACAAAUCCUAUGGAGCACAGGAAUGCUUUCUGAACCAAUUCCAAAUGGUUUCUACUCUGCUGUACCAGAUAAAAAGCUCAAGGAACUAUAUGAAGAUAUACCUACGUUGGAGGAGCUUAAUGCUUUGGAGCAUGAGGGUUUGAGGGCGGAUGUUAUCCUUGUAGAUGCUGAGAAGGAUAAGAAGCUUUCUAUGCUAAAACAGUUGAUUGUAGCUCUGGUUAAGGGUCUAAACUCGAAUGCUGCCGCUGUAAUAAAGAAAAUUGCUGGAUUGGUAUCUGAUUUCUACAAGCGGUCAAAUUCAGAAAUAAGCCCCAAGAAAGCUGCCCAGGAAGAAUCCUCACAUCUAUCUGAAAGUCGAGGUGUGCAACUUCUGGGUCAAAUACGGCACGCUACGUGCAGACCUCGAGCAAUAUUAUUCAAAGUUCUUGCUGAUGCUGUAGGACUGGAGAGUAGGCUGGUGGUGGGUUUACCCACUGAAGGAACUUCUGAGUGUGUGGACUCCCACAAACAUAUGUCUGUGUCAGUGGUUUUGAAUUCUGUAGAAUUGGUGGUUGAUUUGAUGCGGUUUCCUGGCCAACUGAUGCCUCGGUCAACCAAAGCUAUCUUUAUGUCUCACAUAUCUGCUGCCGGGGAGAGCGAUUCUGCAGAAAAUGAUUCUUGUGAUUCACCAAUGGAACCGAACAGCCCCUUGUAUGGGGUUUCAGAGCGACUUGAUCCUGAAAGAACUGAGAAAGAUGAUGGCCUGCUGUAUCAACGAAGGCUGGAAGCUUAUUCAAAUGCAGCAGGGCCUUCAUUAAGAAAUAUGAUGCUGCGGUCAAAUUCUGUUGAUAGAAAACUGAGCUUGUCGCGCAGUGAACCUAACAUAGCCGCUACAUUUUGGCGAAGGAGUAGGAGAAAGGUCAUUGCUGAACAAAGGACUGCAAGUUCAAGCCCAGAGCAUCCUUCACUUCGUUCACGUGGUCGUUCCAUGCUUAGUGGCGAUAACAAAUCUUUCAGAGAGUAUUCUGUUGAUGAUGGUACAUCCAGGUCAGAGGGGGCAUCAUCACCAGACACACGUCGGCUUAGAAGAAGAAGCAUUAGCAUGACCCCUGAGAUUGGUGACGACAUUGUAAGGGCUGUGAGAGCAAUGAAUGAAUCACUAAAGCAAAAUCGUCUUUUAAGAGAACAAGGUGGAAGUGGCUCAUCUAAUUCAGGUCAACCAGAAGAGGUUAAUGACACUCAACCUGAUGACCGUUCCAAAUUGUAUGAUAAUAACUCAACUAUAUAUGUCACUCAGGGGCAGCACAGUUCCCAGAAAGCAAUGUCAUUACCUUCAUCUCCACAUGAGUUCAGAAGUCAGACCCCAGAACACAGUGGGAUUCCCAGGGUAAAUGAGGAAAUGGUUUCAACAUGGAACAGAGUUCUGGACUCACCAAUGUUCCAGAAUAAACCUCUGCUGCCAUAUGAUGAGUGGAAUAUUGAUUUCUCGGAGUUAACUGUAGGCACUCGCGUUGGAAUUGGUUAG